UAUUGCCGCGCAUGCGCGAAGCGCUGCGGACAAACUUGACGUUUGCCAGCCCAGUUACACCGAGAAUUCUGGCGAAACUGUAAAUAACAUUGUAAAUAUUCCGAAUUCGAAAUCCAAAAAUUGUUUUGUUUCUUCUAAAACGGAAUGCUCGCGAGUGCAUAGACUAAAAAAGUUUCUCUACAUGCAGGCUGAAUAGCACAGCGUAAAGCAAGAUGAUCGACCCAAGCUCUUCCGAAGACGACAGUGAUGAUGAACACAAGAAGCAACCCAACAAAUUACCAGUGGUACCACCAGGCAGCUUGGCAGGAGGCAGACCAUCCGUCAGAGGAAAGCCAGAACUUCCACGAGGUUCUACUGUGGGCCUUCCAGGUCCGAGUCCUCUAACAACGGCACCUCUAGCUGCCCCACUCCACCCUGCAACCAGGCAAAGGGAACAAGCGGCUUUGGCACCACCUCCUCAUGCAUCCUUCUUGCGCAGGACAUCAACGGGCAGUGCGAGCUCGGGGGAGGCUCCAGCUCCGUCCCCCAGCCCCUCAGGUGCCAGUCACUCUGAUAAGGACCAAGACCCGCAGGAGAAGAUGGAAAAGCUAGAAGAGGACAAAAAGCGUCGGUUGCAGCUCUAUGUUUUUGUGUCGAGAUGUGUCGCGCAUCCGUUCAACGCAAAACAACCUACGGACAUGACGAGAAGGCAUACCAAGCUCACACCGCAUCAGCUGGAGACCAUACAAGCGAGGUUCCAAGCGUUCCUCAAAGGCGAGACCCAAAUCCUGGCAGACGAGGCCUUCCAGAACGCAGUCCAGUCGUACCACGACGUGUUCCUGAAGUCUGAGCGGGUGGAGCAGAUGGUAAAGUCAGGGGCCUGCUCCCACCACGACUUCCGGGAGGUCUUCAGGAACAACAUCGAGAAACGAGUCAGGUCUUUGCCAGAAAUUGACGGAUUAAGUAAAGAAACAGUGCUAACGUCGUGGCUGGCUAAGUUUGAUUGUAUAAUGAAGGGUACAGGCAUUCCCGGAGACGACGAGUCCAAAAGACCAUCGAGGGCUCAACAGCAGAGCCUAAACGCGGAGUGCAUCCUCAGCAAGGAACAGCUCUACGAUAUGUUUCAACAGAUCCUGGGGGUAAAGAAGUUUGAACAUCAGUUGCUGUUUAACGCGUUACUUCUCGAUUCAGCAGAUGAACAGGCUGCAGCCAUCAGAAGAGAACUUGAUGGAAGAAUGCAGAAAGUGAACGAAAUGGAAAAGAAUCGAAAACUGAUGCCGAAGUUUGUCUUGAAAGAAAUGGAGUCGCUCUACGUGGAAGAGUUGAAGUCAUCAAUCAACCUGCUUAUGGCCAAUUUGGAGUCACUGCCUGUGUCCAAGGGCGGUGCCGACUCCAAAUACGGCCUUCACAAAAUCAAGCGGUAUAAUCACAGAUCGAAUGCCGGACCCGACCCGAGCCCAAGGCUGAGUAAGCAGCUGUGUUUCAGAUCUCAGGGGUCUCUGGCCAACAAGCUGACCGGCGAAGCUGAUGGUGGUGAUGUGGAUACACAGCUCACGAAAAUGGACGUCGUUCUGACGUUCCAAAUUGAGGUGGUUGUGAUGGAAGUAAAAGGUCUAAAAUCAUUAGCUCCUAAUCGAAUAGUUUAUUGUACAAUGGAAGUGGAAGGGGGAGACAAAUUGCAGACUGACCAAGCAGAGGCCUCCAAGCCCAUGUGGGAUACCCAAGGAGACUUUAGUACAACACAACCCCUCCCUGCCGUUAAAGUUAAAUUGUACACAGAAAAUCCUGGAGUGUUAGCUUUGGAAGACAAGGAACUAGGGAAAGUAGUGCUCAGACCAACACCAUUAUCUAGUAAGGUACCGGAAUGGCAUAGAAUGACAGUUCCGAAGAACUUGCCAGAUCAGGAUCUAAGGAUCAAAAUUGCGUGUCGAAUGGACAAACCAUUGAACAUGAAGCAUUGUGGCUACCUCCACGUCAUCGGCAAAAACGUCUGGCGCAAAUGGAAGCGCAGAUACAUGGUGCUCGUCCAAGUGAGCCAGUACACUUUCGCGUUAUGCUCGUACAAGGACAAGAAGUCCGAGCCUGCUGAGAUGAUGCAACUGGAUGGGUUCACUGUGGACUACAUCGAACUGGCCAGUGCACAGCUGAUCGUAGGACAAGGUAAGAGCAAACAAAUAGAGCUGGAAGGUGCGAAAUACUUCAUGAAUGCAGUCAGAGAUGGAGAAUCAGUACUGAUGGGUGUGACUGAUGAGAAUGAAUGCCAUCUGUGGGUAAUGGCCUUGUACAGAGCUACAGGACAGAGUCAUAAACCGACACCGCCUACGACGUCUGAUACACAUCACAAAAUUAUGGGAGACGCAGAUAAAGCUCGGAAACAUGGCAUGGAGGAUUAUAUUCAAGCAGAUCCGUGUCAAUUUGACCACCAUCAGUUGUUUUCGAUGCUACAGUCUCAAACAUUGAAGUACCGACUUGUGGAUCCCUAUUGUUCAUUGGGAUGGUUCUCUCCUGGUCAAGUAUUUGUACUAGAUGAGUACUGUGCUAGAUACGGAGUGAGAGGUUGCUACCGGCACCUCUGUUACCUCUCAGACCUUCUGGAUGUAGCGGAAAGUGGCCAGCAGACUGUGGACCCGACAUUGAUGCAUUAUUCCUUUGCCUUCUGCGCCAGCCACGUCCAUGGAAACAGAGUAAGCCCCACGGUCGAAGUGGUUCACAGUACUGCCACGUUGCCUGGCAGGCCUGACGGCGUGGGAAGCAUCACGGUCCAAGAGAAAGAGAAGUUCGCAGAGAUCAAGGAACGUUUGAAGGCACUGCUGCAGCAUCAGAUCACGAACUUCAGAUAUGCUUUCCCAUUUGGGAGGCCGGAAGGCGCUUUGAAGUCAACACUUUCGCUACUUGAGCGUGUUCUGAUGAAAGAUGUGGUUACUCCAGUAGCUCCUGAAGAAGUAAGAGCGAUGAUACAGACCAGUCUCGAAAAUGCAGCCUUGUUAAAUUACUCACAGCUUAGUCAGAAAGCUAAUAUUGAAGAGGAUUUGAGAGGAGAAACAAUGGUAACACCAGCAAAAAAGCUAGAGGAUCUAAUACAUUUGGCUGAACUUUGCGUAGAUCUUUUGCAACAAAAUGAAGAACAUUACGCAGAGGUGUAUAACACAAAAACGGAACCAAGACCGGAAGGUCAAGAAAAUGCGUUCGCGUGGUUCUCAGAGCUGUUGGUAGAGCAUGCCGAGAUCUUCUGGGCGCUGUUCGGAGUAGAUAUGGACCGGGUGCUAGCAGAACAGCCGCCUGACACCUGGGACUCUUUCCCGCUGUUCCAGAUCUUGAACGACUAUCUCAGGACUGAUGAAAACUUGAAAGGUGGUCGGUUCCAUGAGCACUUGCGAGACACUUUCGCUCCCUUGGUUGUCCGAUAUGUGGACCUCAUGGAGUCAUCCAUAGCUCAGUCACUUCACAAAGGCUUCGAGAAAGAACGAUGGGAGAUCAAAGGAAAUGGGUGUGCAACCAGUGAAGAGUUGUUCUGGAAGUUAGAUGCAUUGCAGUGCUUCAUCCGAGACCUGCACUGGCCAGAACCAGAGUUUAGGUCGCAUUUGGAGCAAAGGCUGAAGCUGAUGGCCAGUGACAUGAUGGAGACGUGCAUCCAGAGGACAGAAGCAUCCUUCCAGUCCUGGCUAAAGAAGAGCAUCACCUUCAUGUCAACGGAUUACAUUCUUCCCGCGGAGACUUGUGCGAUGGUCAAUGUAGCUCUGGACGCGAAGAACCAAGCCCUCAAGCUGUGCGCCGUUGAAGGGGUGGAUAUAUAUCAGUAUCAUACCAAAAUGGAUGCACAGAUCGAGUCGUGUCUGCAAGCGAUGGCUACAGGCAUGACCACCAGGCUCUCUGCAGUGCUUGAGGCUACGUUGGCUAAAAUUGCGAGGUUCGAUGAGGGAAGCCUUAUCGGAUCUAUUCUCACGAUAGCCAACGUAUCCGGCUCCGGCAAGGACAUCGGCCAGGGUUACGUUAACUUUAUGAGGAACUCUAUGGACCAAAUUAGAUCGAAGGUGACAGAUGAACUCUGGAUCCUGCAGCUGUUCGAGCACUGGUACGGCGUGCAGGUACAGCUGAUCCACAACUGGCUGAUAGAGCGGCCGGCGCUGCAUCCGCAGCAGGUGGCCUGCCUGUCCAUCACGUUGAAGAAAAUGUACAGCGACUUCGAGCUGCAGGGCGUGAUCGAUGACAAGCUCAACUCGAAGGUCUACCAGGGUGUGGCUGCGCGCAUGCAUACGGAAGAGGCCACGUGCAGCUUGCUGCUGGCUCAACAGGACGCAGGCGGUGGUGACGACGGCUCCGAGGAAGGCUCCCGGAGCGGCAAGUCGAAGCUAGAAGCGCUAACAGAUGAAGCCAAGUUAGGCAACGUGACUGCAGUCGUUGGAAAGGUUGGCGGUCUCUUUGGCCGCGGCAUCGGGGAACUGUCAUCAAAAAUCGGCGGGGCGUCUUCUUGGUUUUAGCAUAUUAAAAGCCCUAGCACAUUCGUUUACGUUAAAAUUCCUUUCUUUGCCUAUAUCGAUGUACUGAGAUAGAGAAUUCCAGCUGCUUUUUGUCAAUACACCGAUUCAAACAUCGAAGCAUCGACAAAAAGCAAUCAACUGUUCUGUGAUGACGUUUCAAAAUUUUUCUUUUUUGCAUUCGAUUACAUUCUAGAAUGUCAGCCAUUUUGGAAAUAGUUAAUCGAAAAAAUGGCGUCUUACGCGCUAAUUUAAAUAUAAGUGGCCAGUUCGCAUAGCUUAGUAUGAUUAGUGUAAAACGAGGUGUAGAUUUUAUUUUAUAAAAGCUUUAUGUACAGUUAGGAUCAUCAUUCGUUUAUUAUUGGAUCAAAAUAACAUUGUAAUAGGUGUUAAGAGUAGUAUUUGAUAUCACAAAAUUGAAUAUUAUAAAAAUUAUAUACUACGAAUGCAUACAUAAACACAAUGCUACAAUAAUAAAACAUAUCGCUUUGGCAAAAAAUAAUACGUUGUGUGUUAAUAAAUUACGGUAUAUUAUUUAUGUUAUUUACAAAAUUAUAAAUAUUAUAAAAUAUUGGGUAAUUCGAGCGAUUUGGGAGUGUUUUUAAAGGGAGAAAGCGAUCCUUUUGAAAUUAGUUGCCGAAUUUUCGUUGAUUAAACUUUUAAAUACCUACUUACUAACUACCUGCUGUUAGAAUCAAAUAUUUUAUAGAUGUUUAAUCAAUGUUUCUUGUGUGUUAACAAUAACAUUCAGUGUUACUUCAUUAUUUCACAGUUUCUCACCCAUUUCCACAUUAACGUGUGACAUAACAUAGCCAUAAUAGCACAUAGUUUUUACAGAAAAAUGUUACGAAAUUUUUAAUUCAUCUCUUUCUAUUCAGAAGCAGUAUUUUUCUAAAUAUCCUACAAUCCUCUUUUUAAAUAUCGGUUGAUGUUAAAACUUGAAACUAACUUUUUCAUGUGCAUUUUUAUAAAAAUAAUAAUGGCGCGAGAUUUUGCAAAUUAUUUUUCGAACACAAGUGUUGCCAGUAAGGAAUGAUUUCCCCAUUUUGAGGGUAGUUUUUAUAAAAAUGCACGUUUUACUAGCCACUUUUGCUGUAGUAAUUAUUCUCUAUUAUAUUUUAAUGCUCUGUAGAUUCUAAUAACGAUCUAGUAACGUUUUACCUUAACUAGUCGUCAAAAUAAUACAUAACUAUUUAUAAAAAAUACUAUUAUAGUUAUAUUUGUUAACAAAAUAAUAUUCUUCUACGCUAAACACCUUACAAAUUUUUGAACUAGAAAAUUUAAAGUUCUUAGAUAAAACUUUGAAAAUUUAAAUAGCGUUUAGUCGCUAUGCUGAGUCGCCUUAAAUUGUCUUGUGAGAAACGGCUUAAGAAAUAGAUACAGAAUUAUAAGAGUUUGUUAAAUGAACAUUAUAUGAAUUGGAUGAAUGAACAUUAUAUUAAUUGAUAACAAGACAAAUAUUUUUACACACGUUACUUAUAAUUUUAAUGACGGUGCUUGCUCUUACAGAAUAACGAAUGGUUUUUCAAAAAACCAUUAUUUUUCACGUAAAAAAGUAUUAAAUAUCUAUUCAAUACGAGUAAUAACAUAAAAAAACGGUUUAUAAAUAAGGGUAAACAUCGUCUAAUACUGUUUCAUACUAUACUUAACCUUAAGAGAUAUUGUUAUUUUCCACUCCAGAGCUUUUGUUUAUUUUAUUUAUCUUUCAAUAAACAAUAAUAUUUUCUACAAUAAUAAUAUACCAUUCAUUAAAAAGAACGUUUAGGGAA